AUAUCCCGUCACUAACGUCGUCUUAUAAAUCUAUGCUAUGAUUUGUUGCUUGUUUUCAAAGUUCAACCAGUAUCCAUUGCAUGUCCCCUCUGUAUUUUCAGUCUUUGCUCGACUAGUACGCACCCAAAAUGCCUCGAUACUCUAGCUCGGUUGACGGUGCCGAACUGUUUUAUCGCUAUUAUGCUCCAGAAGGCAGAACCCCGGCGCUCACGACAGAACUGCCCCAACCAGCCAAGAGCUUGGCUCUGGUUCUUCUUCACCAGUGGCCUCUCUCAUCCCGUAUGUACGACUCGAUACUACUGUCACUUUGCGAGACUCACGGAUACCGUGUGAUUGCCCCCGACAGGCGAGGUUUUGGCAAGAGCGACUGGGCUGGACAACAGCCCACAGUUCCCAUUAGCUACAAGGAGCUUGGGCAAGACUUGUCGGACCUGUUGGAGAGAAUCCAACCAGGGCCUUUUGUCUUUGUUGCCACCAGCAUGAGUACGGGUGAAGCGCUCAUGGCGUAUCUUAAUAGCUCAUAUAUACAGGAGAACUGCCAGGGUAUGAUAUGGAUAAGCACGUGCCUACCGUAUCCUACAGCCUCACCACAAAAUCCGAAGGCUACGCCACAGAGCGCAUGGGAUGCAACCAUCAUGGCUCUGCGACAGGAUAGGCCUAACUUCAUUGCCAACGGCUUCAAGGGCCCCUUUGGAGACUCAAAAUCAGGUUCCGUCACCGAGAAACAGGUUGCGUUUUUCGAAAACAUCUUUUUCGAAGCUGAUCCCUUCGCCGUUGAACGCUGCCUACAAAUUUAUUCCCGUGAGGACCUGUCUGAGGGGAUCAAAAGGUUUGGGCAAAUGUUCCACAAGCCUUUUCUUCUUAUUCAUGGCGGGGGCGACAUGGCAGUGCCCGCUGAAGUGAGCGCAGAACUUGUUCAGAGGUCGGUUCCUGGAACGAAACUGACUAUAUAUGAUGAAGGAGGACAUGGUGAGUUUCCAACUUUCGGCGCUUAG